UACAGUGACAACAAUAGCUCAGCAUUAUGUUUUCAGUGUACGCCAGGCUCCACAGCGCGGCUGUCUUCAUAAUGCUGUCGUUCGUGCUGUCCCGGAGUUUCUGCCAGGUUGUUACGGAAGCGAACCGGAGGUGUUACCCUACGUGUAACUCCAUAUUUCGGACUUUUACAACUUCGAGUCCAAAGUGCGACGAAGCUUCCGACAAUGGUUCAGUGGUGACCCACUCGCAGCUGAAGGCCAUGCUGGCAAGCCGUAACAUUCAGCUUUUUGAUGUGAGAAGCCCUGAGGAAUACCAGGAUGGGCGCAUCCCUCAGGCAGUCAACCUCCCACUGGACAACCUGGAGGAGUCUCUGAAGCUGUCCCCUGAGCACUUUGAGCAAAGGUUUGAAGUGAAAGCUCCUGGGAAAGACGACGACAACGUUGUGUUUCACUGCAGAAGUGGCAUAAGGAGUGCCGCAGCGCUGGGCAUUGCUCAUCAGCUGGGAUUUAGCAAGGCGAGACAUUUUAAAGGAGGGUACUCUGAGUGGGUCGAACAAGGAGGAAAAUAAAUCUGCGCUGAAAGUCUUCAUCAACACACAGCUGUUACAGAUCUGAAUGAUCAUCAUAUUUACAGUUACGGGUUAUUUUAAGCAACAAUUAAAUGCACUGUGUCUCUGAUACGUUUCUUAUUUUGUUCAAGUGUCAAAGGUGACUUUUAACACAUUUUUUGCUUUAACUUUAUGGAAAAAUGCUACAAGUGUCCUUUUUAUCCUGCUUUAAGACAUAAGGUGGAUACCUGCUGAUGAAUGUGACAGUUCUUUAAAUAAAACAAAUUAAAUAAAGAAUUAAACAUCUCUAUUAAAAAAGGUUUGACAGUGUUUAUGGCUGUAUAUUAAAAAAAAAUACAUAAUUACAAUAAAAACAACCUCUGUCCA